AGUUAGACAAGAGUACAAGUGCUCACAGCACCCUAACGCACCAAGAAGAAGCAGCUCUUCAACGUUACUGCUACUGCCGACGAAGAUGAACAUGUCCAGAAGAGCCGUGCUGGGUUUGAUUCUCCUUUGUCUGUCACCAUCAUCUUCUGGAGACUCGACAAACCUCAAGGUUUUUCCUGGAGAUAAUGUCAUUCUGCCAUGUUACGUUCCAAAUGAUAUAUCAAUUGGGGCUGUGAUGUGGACCAGGUCUUACUUGGAUUCAAAAAAUGUAUUUUUUUACCAAAGCAAUGCGUCUGAUCCAGACACUCAGAAGUCACCUUCUCUGAGUCGCAUAUAUCUGCUGCAUGCAGACAUGUGGAAUGGUCAAUUGUCUUUGUAUAUAGUGGAGGCGACAUUUGCUGAGAUUGGAACGUAUGAGUGUCAUGUCGCCCAGACAGGAACAAACAACUCUGAGGCGGCCAUUUUGAAGACCAAGCCAAUCAACACUCUCAAUCUGACAAUGGAACCACUGAAAGUCUACGUUGCACCUGGAGAAAUUGCCAUUCUGCCAUGCGAGGUUCCAAAUAAGGAAUCCAUUGGAGCUGUGAUGUGGACCAGAUCUGUCGCGUAUCUAGGAAAUGAACUUUUUUACCAGAGCAAUGCAUCUGAUCCAAGCACUCAGCCACCACGUCUUGCGAACCGUGUACGUCUCAUGUAUACAGACAUGCAAAAAGGGAAAUUAACAUUGUUUCUGUAUGGCACGACAUUUGAUGAUGAUGGAACGUACGAGUGUCAUGUCACCCAGGUAGGAACAAACAACUCUAAGGCAGCCAUUUUAAAGACUACGCCCAUCAAAAUCAUCAAGCUGACAGUGGGUGUUUAUUAG